ACUAUCUGUCUGCAUCGAAAACCAUGCCCGUAAAAACUUCUAUCUGUUUGGUGCUGCUGUUCGAAGUAAUCGUUUUGAGUGCAACCGUUCUAAAAGAUACUGCUCCACCAUGUAAUGCGGAAUGUGAACCACCGAAUUGCCGCUGCUCUGAUCUUACGAUUCCUGGAGGACUUCAACCUAACAACACACCCCAAUUUGUAUUGCUGACGUUCGAUGACGCCGUAACAGUAGUCAACAUUCCUUGCUACCGCGAGGUUUUCAACAAGCGAGUAAACAAGGAUUCAUGUCCUGUUUCCGGAACGUUUUUCGUUUCACACGAAUAUACCGAUUACAGUCUAGUACAUGAGCUAUACUCGGCAGGUCAUGAAAUAGCGCUUCAUUCGGUGUCCCACAAUACCGAUACGGAGUACUGGCGUGACGCAUCCGUAAAACUACUAACUGAAGAGUUCGCAGGAGAACGAGAAAUGAUGGCAAAUUUUGCCAAAAUUCCAUCAGAUCAAAUCAAAGGUCUUCGAAUGCCGUUUCUGCAAAUGGCUGGAAACAAUUCGUUCCAAAUGAUGAAGAACAGUGGGUUUACCUAUGACUGUUCGAUGCCAACCAGACAAUUCGUUUCACCCGGUAUGUGGCCAUACACACUUGAUUACCAAAGCACACAGGACUGCGUAAUUGGCCCCUGUCCGUCAGCUAGUUACCCUGGCGUCUGGGUGAUUCCCAUGAUUACCUGGACCACCAAAGACGGAUUUCCCUGCGCAAUGGUCGACACGUGUUUAGGGAUGCCAAACACCACUAGUGAGCUGUUCGAGUACUUCAAAAAAAAACUUUGAAACGUCUUAUCUAGGAAACAAAGCUCCACUUGGGUUCUACGUGCACGCUGCAUGGUUCACAAUUAGUGAUGUGCACUUCGAGGCUU